AGGUAUCUAAUAGUACUGUAUGGAAUAAUAAACAAACAGCCAUUUUCAUCAGCCACCCCAUGUGAGGAUGAUCCCAAUACAAAUUGUGCGAAAUUAAAAUCGAAAUGCUCGGACCAUCGCUAUGACGAUCUUUUAAACAACCACUGCCGAAAAACAUGUGGUAGAUGUGACACACUGAGUACCAUUUCGGCAUGCUUCGAUGCCUCCAAUCAAUGCAAGGAAUGGAACACUAAUGGAUUCUGCAACAGUACUUUCUACGAUGAACCUUUCAAGAAGCAGUACUGUGCGAAAACAUGUAGCCUAUGCUGA